AUGUUAUUGAGAAAAUUGGAUAGUUUUGAUAAUACUAAUUGUGUUGGACAUUUUACGCCUUCCGUGCUGCGCCAUCCCCAUUUUUUUUCAUAUAAGAAUCGAUACAAUUCUCAAUUUCCUGUUAUCCCUCCUCUUCCUCCUGGUUUCCUUUCGGUGGUCCUUGGUUUCCGACACGCACAGUGUUUUCUUGUGCAUGUUUUUUUUUCUGUCUUCUAUGCCCAGCGUCCAUUCCACUGUAGCCACGGAGAGGUCCUUCACGUCAAGUUCAUGUACCAGUGUCCAGUGUCCAGUGCCGUUUUGCUUUUAAGCACAAGUACUUUUUUAAACCCUACGCGGUUAUCUGCUAGUGUCCAGUGUCCCGUCCCGUCUUGCUUUUUAGCACAACUGUUAACCACCAUUCUUUUGAUGGUGCCUUCAUACCAUGUAUGGUCCACUGAGUUUGUUCAAAGUAUGCUUAUGGAGAGGUGUACCGAGAACCAGCUCAGUAUUUUACACCCUUCGCAGUUAACAGCUAGGUCGAAUUUUCUUUUACAAGCAAGCCAUAUGAACAUCGAAAGAUGA